CACACACACAAUACCCAUAGCUGCUCACACACGAAAUCGCGCAACUGGUCACAUCGAAUUCCAUAAAAUCGUCACUCAAAAGCAAAAAAAGAAAAAAGUCAAAGGAAAAGAAAACCAAAAGCCAGCAGCGAAAAAUUCGCAAAAAUCGUGUGCGUUUCAUUUAGCACAGCACAACAAAUACAAUAACAAAAUGUCCGGCAACGGUUUCGAUGAAAAUCCAUUUGGUGAGCCCAAUCUGGAUAAUCCAUUUGCGGAUCCCGCCAUACAGCAGGCGACGCGCAUGUCCACCAAUGUCUCACUGGAGGAUUACAAUCCGUUCGAGGAGCAAGCGAAGCCGCAACUGCAAAUCAACUCAACCAAUACGGCGGCCGUCGUGCAGCCUCUCUCACAGAACAUUCCGCCCCGCCAGCCCAAUUUAGCGGGCGGCGCUGCUCCCAGCACCAGCAUACAGAUCACCUCCGAGGAGCUGCAGCGCCGACAGGAGGAGCUGGACCGCAAGGCCGCCGAACUGGAUCGCCGCGAACAGCAGCUGCAGGGCAAUGUGCCGCAGCUGAAUAAUUGGCCACCGCUGCCGGAUAAUUUUUGCGUCAAGCCGUGCUUCUAUCAGGACUUUGAGGUCGAGAUACCGCCCGAGUUUCAAAAGCUGGUCAAGCAUUUGUACUACAUCUGGAUGUUUUACACUUUGACGCUGGUGGCCAAUAUUAUCGGAGGUCUCAUAUUGCUAUUUCAUGCGGGCAAGGUGUCGAAUCUAUUUCUGGCCAUUUUCUAUACUGUGCUCUUUACGCCCGCUUCAUAUGUCUGCUGGUUUCGGCCCGCUUAUAAGGCAUUCCGGAACGAUUCGAGCUUCAAUUUUAUGGUCUUCUUUUUCGUCUAUUUCUUUCAAACGGUCUACACGGUCGUCCAGGCCGUUGGCCCAAAGCAAUUGGGCUAUUGCGGCUUCAUAACGGCCAUCGACCAGUUCGAGAGCUCCGCCUCGGGCAUUAUUGUUGGACUGUUGCUAUUGAUAAUAGCAUUCUGUUUUGCCAUCACCGCGGGCGCCAAUGUACUGAUGAUCAUGAAGAUACAUACCAUCUAUCGCAGCACUGGUGCCAGCAUGGACAAGGCCAAGGCGGAGUUUACCACAGAGUUUUUGCGCAAUCAGCAUGUACAGGAGGCGACCUCAUCGGCAGUUAGUUCGGCGGUUAAUUCACAGUUCAACAAUAGCAGAUAUUAGGCGGCUAUAACUCACGAUCAAUCGAUCAAUCAAUCAAUAAA